CUGGCUGCGGAAGGGGAGGGGGGGGAGGAGGCGAUUGGAUGCGGCGGCGGCGGCGGCGGCGGCGGCGAGGGCGGCGGAUCCCUGAGAUCGGCGGAGCGCGAGGAGUGUAGGAGCCGGGCGGCCGGAGGGGUACAGACAUUUCCAUCAUGGCUCAUUCAAAGACAAGGACCAACGAUGGGAAAAUUACUUACCCUCCUGGUGUCAAGGAAAUCUCAGAUAAAAUCUCUAAAGAGGAGAUGGUGAGGCGGUUAAAGAUGGUUGUAAAAACUUUCAUGGACAUGGACCAGGACUCUGAAGAGGAAAAGGAACUUUAUCUAAACCUAGCUUUACAUCUUGCUUCUGACUUCUUCCUCAAGCAUCCUGAUAAAGAUGUCCGUUUACUGGUAGCUUGCUGCCUUGCUGACAUUUUCCGGAUUUAUGCUCCUGAGGCUCCUUACACAUCUCCUGAUAAACUAAAGGAUAUAUUUAUGUUUAUAACAAGGCAAUUAAAGGGACUAGAAGAUACAAAGAGCCCUCAAUUCAAUAGGUAUUUUUAUUUACUUGAGAAUAUUGCAUGGGUUAAAUCAUAUAACAUAUGCUUUGAGUUAGAAGAUAGCAAUGAAAUCUUUACUCAACUAUACAGAACAUUAUUCUCAGUUAUAAACAAUGGCCACAAUCAGAAAGUUCAUAUGCACAUGGUGGACCUCAUGAGCUCUAUCAUUUGUGAAGGUGAUACAGUAUCUCAGGAGCUCUUAGAUACAGUUCUGGUAAAUCUGGUACCUGCCCAUAAGAACUUAAACAAGCAAGCAUAUGAUUUGGCAAAGGCUUUGCUGAAGAGGACUGCUCAAGCUAUUGAACCAUAUAUUACCAAUUUUUUUAACCAGGUUCUGAUGCUUGGGAAAACAUCUAUCAGUGAUUUGUCUGAGCAUGUCUUUGAUUUGAUCUUGGAACUCUACAACAUUGACAGCCAUUUGCUGCUUUCUGUUCUGCCCCAGCUUGAGUUUAAAUUAAAGAGCAAUGAUAAUGAAGAACGCCUCCAGGUUGUUAAACUACUGGCAAAAAUGUUUGGGGCAAAGGAUUCAGAAUUGGCUUCUCAAAACAAACCACUCUGGCAGUGCUACUUGGGCAGGUUUAAUGAUAUCCAUGUACCAAUACGCCUAGAAUGUGUGAAAUUUGCCAGCCACUGCCUCAUGAACCAUCCUGAUUUAGCAAAGGAUUUAACAGAGUAUCUUAAAGUGAGGUCACACGACCCUGAGGAAGCUAUUAGACAUGAUGUUAUUGUGUCUAUAGUAACAGCUGCUAAAAAGGAUAUUCUUCUUGUCAACGAUCACUUACUCAAUUUUGUGAGAGAGCGAACAUUGGACAAACGGUGGAGAGUACGUAAAGAAGCCAUGAUGGGACUUGCCCAGAUUUAUAAGAAAUACUCUUUACAGUCAGCAGCUGGUAAAGAUGCUGCAAAACAGAUAUCCUGGGUCAAGGAUAAGCUGCUACAUAUAUAUUAUCAGAACAGCAUCGACGACCGGUUACUUGUUGAGCGGAUCUUUGCUCAGUACAUGGUUCCUCACAAUCUGGAAACUACAGAGCGGAUGAAGUGCUUGUAUUACUUAUACGCUACACUGGACUUGAAUGCCGUGAAAGCAUUGAAUGAAAUGUGGAAAUGUCAAAAUCUACUCCGACAUCAAGUAAAGGAUUUGCUUGAUUUAAUUAAACAGCCAAAAACAGAUGCCAGUGUCAAGGCCAUAUUUUCUAAAGUGAUGGUUAUUACAAGAAAUUUGCCAGAUCCUGGUAAGGCCCAGGACUUCAUGAAGAAAUUCACACAAGUCUUGGAAGAUGAUGAGAAAAUACGGAAACAGCUGGAAGCCCUUGUUAGUCCCACAUGCUCCUGCAAGCAGGCUGAAGGCUGUGUGCGUGAAAUAACUAAGAAGUUGGGCAACCCUAAACAGCCUACAAAUCCUUUCUUGGAAAUGAUCAAGUUUCUCUUGGAGAGGAUAGCUCCUGUACACAUAGAUACUGAAUCCAUCAGUGCUCUUAUCAAGCAAGUGAAUAAGUCAAUAGAUGGAACAGCAGAUGAUGAAGAUGAGGGCGUUCCAACUGAUCAAGCUAUCAGGGCAGGCCUUGAGCUGCUCAAGGUGCUGUCUUUUACACACCCUAUCUCAUUUCACUCUGCCGAGACAUUUGAAUCCCUUCUGGCUUGUCUGAAGAUGGAUGAUGAAAAGGUGGCAGAAGCUGCCCUACAAAUUUUCAAAAACACAGGAAGCAAAAUUGAAGAGGAUUUCCCUCACAUCAGAUCAGCUUUGCUUCCUGUACUACAUCACAAAUCCAAAAAAGGACCACCUCGCCAGGCCAAGUACGCCAUCCAUUGUAUUCAUGCCAUAUUUUCUAGUAAAGAGACCCAGUUUGCUCAGAUAUUCGAGCCUCUGCAUAAAAGCCUAGAUCCAAGCAACCUGGAACACCUUAUAACCCCCCUGGUCACUAUUGGUCAUAUUGCUCUUCUUGCACCGGACCAAUUCGCUGCUCCUCUAAAGUCUUUGGUAGCAACUUUCAUUGUGAAGGACCUUCUCAUGAAUGAUCGGCUUCCAGGAAAAAAGACAACUAAGCUUUGGGUUCCAGAUGAAGAAGUUUCACCUGAGACAAUGGUCAAAAUUCAGGCUAUUAAAAUGAUGGUUCGAUGGCUGCUUGGAAUGAAGAAUAAUCACAGUAAAUCAGGAACUUCUACCCUCAGAUUACUAACAACGAUACUGCAUAGUGAUGGGGAUUUGACAGAACAAGGGAAAAUUAGUAAACCAGACAUGUCACGCCUGAGACUUGCUGCUGGGAGUGCUAUUGUGAAGCUGGCACAGGAGCCCUGUUACCACGAGAUCAUUACACUGGAGCAGUACCAGCUGUGUGCACUAGCCAUCAAUGAUGAGUGCUAUCAAGUCAGGCAGGUGUUUGCUCAGAAGCUUCACAAAGGCCUUUCCCGCUUACGGCUUCCACUUGAGUACAUGGCCAUCUGUGCUCUUUGUGCCAAAGACCCUGUGAAAGAGAGAAGAGCUCAUGCCAGACAGUGCCUGGUGAAGAACAUCACUGUGAGGAGGGAGUACCUGAAACAACAUGCAGCUGUUAGUGAAAAAUUAUUGUCUCUUCUACCAGAGUAUGUUGUUCCAUAUACAAUUCACCUUUUGGCACAUGACCCAGAUUAUGUCAAAGUACAGGAUAUUGAACAGCUUAAAGAUGUGAAAGAAUGUCUUUGGUUUGUUCUGGAGAUACUGAUGGCUAAAAAUGAAAACAACAGCCAUGCGUUUAUCAGAAAGAUGGUAGAAAAUAUUAAACAGACAAAAGAUGCUCAAGGACCAGAUGAUACAAAAAUGAAUGAAAAAUUGUACACUGUGUGUGAUGUUGCCAUGAACAUCAUCAUGUCAAAGAGUACCACAUACAGUUUGGAGUCUCCUAAAGACCCAGUGUUACCAGCUCGGUUUUUCACCCAACCUGACAAGAAUUUUAGUAACACCAAAAAUUACCUGCCUCCAGAAAUGAAAUCGUUUUUCACUCCUGGAAAACCUAAAACAGCCAAUGUUCUAGGAGCAGUUAAUAAGCCACUUUCAUCAGCAGGCAAACAGUCUCAGACCAAAUCAUCAAGAAUGGAAACUGUGAGCAACGCAAGCAGCAGCUCAAAUCCAAGCUCUCCUGGAAGAAUAAAGGGGAGGCUUGAUAGCUCUGAAAUGGAUCACAGUGAAAAUGAAGAUUAUACAAUGUCUUCACCGUUGCCAGGAAAAAAAAGUGACAAGAGAGAAGACUCUGACCUUGUAAGGUCUGAGUUGGAGAAGCCUAGAAGUCGGAAAAAAGCACCUGUCACAGACCCAGAAGAGAAAUUAGGUAUGGAUGACCUGACUAAGUUGGUGCAGGAACAGAAACCCAAAGGCAGCCAGCGAGGCCGGAAAAGAGGCCAUGCGGCUUCAGACUCAGAUGAGCAGCAGUGGCCUGAGGAGAAGAGGCACAAGGAGGAACUCCUGGAAAAUGAAGAUGAGCAGAACAGUCCGCCAAAAAAGGGCAAAAGGGGCAGGCCACCAAAACCUCCUGGUGGGGGCACAUCGAAGGAAGAACCAGCAAUGAAAACAUCCAAGAAAGGAAACAAGAAGAAACUUGCACCUCCUAUAGUAGAUGAUGAUGAAGAAGAAGAAAGACAAAUUGGAAACACAGAACAGAAGUCAAAAAGCAAACAACACCGCACAUCAAAGAGAGCACAGCAGAGAGCAGAAUCUCCUGAAACUAGUGCAGUUGAAUCCACACAGUCCACGCCACAGAAAGGACGAGGAAGACCAUCAAAAGCGCCAUCACCAUCACAACCCAAAAAACAUAUCCGUGUAGGACGCUCCAAACAGGUAGCUACUAAAGAAAACGAUUCAAGUGAAGAAAUGGAUGUGCUUCAGGCCAGCUCUCCUGUCAGUGAUGACACUACACAAGAAGGAGCAGAAGAGGAGGACAUUUCUGUGGGAAAUGUACGGCGGCGAAGCUCUAAACGAGAGAGACGAUGAACAUGGCAUUAACUCCAUUGUGAAAGCUUUGGGAAAAAACAUUUUGUCAAGUAUGAGGCUAAAUAAAGCCUGUGAUGCACAAAACGGGACUGCCAAAGUGUGGACAGUUGGACUUUUGAUGACCAUGAACUUGUGGUCACAUGCAUCAGCCACUCACAUAGUGAUAACAUUGACUCCAGAGUCUUGUGAAAGUGUCAUGUGUGACGGCUGUGUAGACAUAAACUAAAGAAGAAACGUGUAAAUAAUCCCACUCCCCCAUUUCUGACUUCUAAAGUGCUUGUAUAGCUUUUAUCUGCGGCUUUAAACUGACAGUACCCAACUGCUUACCGGAUCUAUUCAUUUGAAAAGCAUUUGCUAGGGUGGAUCUUAAGCAGUAGUCUGUCAGUGUUUGUAUUUGAAUUCUCUGCAGUUUUACUGUGAAAAUUUGUUUUCAACAAUUGGUGUCAUUUUCUCGAUGUCACUGUUUGUUGGAGUUAAGUGGUCUCUUCCUGCCCCUCUUUGUAGCUCAUCUGUGUUUACUCCAGGGCACCCGUCAUCUUCCGAGGUGCUGAAGCAUCUGCCAGCACACUAGGACAUGCCUCUGUCUGGGGCACCGCACGGAGUGUGAGAUAGUCCUGAACUUAUCUGAUGACUUUACACCUCAGUAUUGGUCCCAGAAUUUUCUGGCCUUUCAUGGCAAUGAAAAUUUUAAGAAAGAGAUUUAAAGUAUUUUAAUUUUAAAGAGUGUGUUAUAAAAUAAUGUACUAAAUUCUUUAUUCCAUUCUAUCAUCUUUUUUCAGUUUAUAUUAAUCUACUGUAUCAAUAAAAUUCUGUAAUUUGAAUGGGCUUUUAAUAGUCUAGAAUGUUAUUGUGUAUAGAUAUUACUUCUUGAACAUUAUGUUCAGAAAUGCAAAUUACUACACUAUAAUAUAAAAUCUGAUAUAUACACAUUAGGAAAGUUCUCAUUCUCCAUAACCGUGUAAAGUUAAUCAGAAACAAAAAAUUUUAUUGAUGCAGUGUAUCUUUAUAAAUCUGUUCUUGAAAGCCAAGUGUUUUGUAUUUUAUAGUGAGCUGCAUGUUUAUGAAAAAUUGCUGAUCAUGAGAUGUGCUUUUCUGUAAAUUCAUACUUAGCCAUAGUAUAUGAUAGAUGACCCCUUAACAUAGUUUUUCAUCAAGAGUUUAUAAUUGUACUUUAUUUUGGAGCCAAAAAAAAAUUGUUUUUGGGGGGAGAGGCUGGGUGGCAGUGAUUUAUCUGUUUGGGCUGAGACUUGAGGCAUCACACUCACAAGCACUGAGAGAGUCCCACUGCAUCCAGAACAGGAAAGAUGGAAAUUUGCCUGGAUUUAAUUUAGAGGUCUGCACAGUCUAAAAAUGGAUUAUCAAGGCAGUGCUCUUUACAUAGGGUCUGAACCAAAAUGUGUUGGUCACUACCUUAUGCUCACCUGAAUUAACUUUAGAUUUAUGGGUGCAGGGUUGUAUUUGCACAAUUGUUAACAAUAGAAAAGAAAAGGACAUUCUGAGUUACCAAGUUUAUUCUAUCAGAUAACAGCAGUUUCACGUAGUACACCUUUCUGUUUAAGGUAUGUUUCCGGAAUUGGGUAUAAGAAGUUGGGUAUAAAGAAGUGACUAUUUUAGAAAUGACAUCGUGCUAUUUUCUAGUAUGUAUCGCAAAGGGUGGGAUUAUUUUUCUUUUUAAUAUUUCCUCAUGUGUAUGAAACACUUUAUUUUUAAGAAGAUGUUUGAAUUGUGUCUUAAUCCUUCAGUGUUUAACUUUCUUCAUUUGCAACAGUGUCAGCACCAGUGGUGAUGGAGGCCACUGUCUGUCAAGACAACUAAUGCUGGAUUAUGAUACUUUGAAUUUUAAAUGUUUCAUUAGCUCAGCUCUCCAAACAAUGAUGUUUCAAUUUCAACAGUACAGAAGCAUGUUUUUAAAUUUAUGGCAUAAAUAAUAAAGGAUAGCAUUGUAUUUUUGUCAUCAACUAAACGUCAUUGGAAAUAUUUAUGGAAAUAUAUGUUCAAAACCAUUUUAUAAACUAUACAAAAUGAUUAUGGAGGAUUUUUGUUUGCAUGAUCAUAGUUCACCAAAUGUCCUUGCACAUUAAGGCUCAUGACAAACAUUGUCAUUGUAGAUUCUGUUCGUGUUCAGUGCCAAGGAGUAUGUAAUUUUACAACCCGCCUGUUCACUUUUUGGGAGAAUUAUAACGUAAAAUUUCCAUUUUUGUGUAGAGAAAUAGGUGCAAUAAUGAUCAAAGUUUUAAUGUCCUGAGUCUCCAUCUUGGGGGCGUGUUAUUAUGUUUAAACUUAACACUUCAUGUACUAACAUUUGGGGAGCCACAUACUUUAAAAUAAAGCUAAGUAUGUAUACGACAUGAAUUGCUAACAGUUGUUAGCACACUGGCAGUGGUCACACUCAUUUUGAGAAUGUGUACUGUCUGGCAUUAAGAACUGUGUAGCUCAUUGUAACAAGCCUACUGUGGAAUCUGGUGACUCCCAGGUGAACCUUGCUUGCUGCAGUGCAAGCUCUUUCAGUGGUCUCCACUGUGUGUGUAAAUUAGAAAUGUGCUGUAAAACUUGUUCUAGACAUUAAAGUUUAAAUGACUUUCUACAUCUUCUUACAGUUUGCAAGUCUGACUUUUAAAGGUUCCUUUUGCUUACUGGAAGAACAUUGGGGAUUUAAUGAUUUAACUUAGGUAUAACUUUACCGCAUAGUGUUACGUUAUCAAUGAACAGUUGGUUCUAGAUGACCAGUGUUCAGACAGAGUUUGGGAUUUUCUGUGAACUUAAAUAAACAUAGACACUCAUGUAA